ACUCCCCCCUCCUCCAGGCUUCCGCUACGGGCGCGGCACGGCGCGGGGGCGCCGCUCCCUCACAGCGGCCGCCCGGCGCGGCGGCGCCUCAGCGCGCAGGCGCCGCGGGGCCGGUGCCGGCGCCGGCUGCGGCGGAGCCGGGUGGACGGCGGGGCCGGGACCGAUUCGGCCAUGGCGGCGCCGCGGAGCGACGGCGAGCGGCGGAAGCAGAUCAGCGUGCGGGGCCUGGCGGGGCUGGGCGACGUGGCCGAGGUGCGCAAGAGCUUCAACCGCCACCUCCACUUCACCCUGGUCAAGGAUCGCAACGUGGCCACCCCCCGCGAUUACUACUUCGCCCUGGCUCACGCGGUGCGCGACCACCUGGUGGGGCGCUGGAUCCGCACCCAGCAGCACUACUACGAGAAGGACCCCAAGCGUAUUUAUUACCUGUCCCUGGAGUUCUACAUGGGACGCACCCUGCAGAACACAAUGGUGAACCUGGGCUUGCAAAACGCUUGUGACGAAGCCAUUUACCAGCUGGGUUUGGACUUGGAGGAACUGGAGGAAAUAGAAGAAGAUGCUGGGCUGGGAAACGGAGGCCUGGGCCGCUUGGCAGCUUGCUUCCUGGACUCCAUGGCAACAUUGGGGCUGGCAGCGUACGGUUACGGCAUCCGCUAUGAAUUUGGUAUCUUCAAUCAGAAGAUUGUCAAUGGCUGGCAGGUGGAGGAGGCUGAUGACUGGUUGCGCUAUGGCAAUCCCUGGGAGAAAGCUCGCCCAGAAUACAUGCUCCCUGUGCACUUCUACGGCCGAGUGGAUCACACCCCUGACGGUGUGAAGUGGAUCAAUACUCAGGUUGUCCUUGCUAUGCCUUAUGACACACCGGUGCCAGGAUACAAGAACAACACUGUGAACACCAUGAGGCUGUGGUCUGCGAAAGCACCUAAUGACUUCAACCUCCAGGAGUUCAAUGUGGGUGACUACAUCCAGGCGGUGUUGGACAGAAACCUGGCAGAAAACAUCUCCAGAGUCCUGUACCCAAAUGACAACUUCUUCGAAGGCAAGGAGCUGCGGCUGAAACAGGAGUACUUCGUGGUGGCUGCUACCCUCCAGGACAUCAUCCGCCGCUUCAAGUCUUCCAAAUUUGGUUGCCGAGAUCCUGUAAGAACAUGCUUUGAAACCUUCCCGGAUAAGGUAGCUAUUCAGUUAAACGACACCCACCCAGCCCUGGCCAUCCCAGAGCUCAUGCGGAUCCUGGUGGACGUGGAGAAAGUGGAUUGGGACAAGGCCUGGGAAAUCACAAAACGGACCUGUGCGUACACCAACCACACCGUGCUGCCUGAAGCCCUGGAGCGCUGGCCAGUCUCCAUGUUCGAAAAGCUGCUGCCACGUCACCUACAGAUCAUUUAUGCUCUCAACCAAAGGCAUCUGGACCAUGUGGCAGCUCUCUAUCCGGGUGACAUUGACCGUCUCAGAAGGAUGUCAGUGAUCGAGGAAGGGGACUGCAAGCGCAUCAACAUGGCGCACCUCUGUGUGAUCGGCUCCCAUGCUGUCAACGGCGUGGCUUGUAUCCACUCUGACAUUGUAAAGAAUUCAGUAUUCAAGGAUUUCCACGAGCUGGAGCCAGAGAAGUUCCAGAACAAGACAAAUGGGAUCACACCGAGGCGCUGGCUCCUGCUCUGCAACCCAGGACUAGCCGAAGUUAUUGCUGAGAAAAUCGGAGACGGCUUUAUCACGGAUCUGAGCCAACUGAAGAAGCUACUGAAUUUCGUCAAUAAUGAGGCUUUUAUCAGGGAUGUGGCAAAAGUCAAACAGGAGAACAAGCUGAAGUUCUCAGCCUACUUGGAGGAGCAGUACAAGGUCAAGAUCAACCCUUCCUCCAUGUUCGAUGUUCAGGUGAAGCGAAUCCAUGAGUACAAGCGGCAACUGCUGAACUGCCUGCAUGCUAUCACCCUCUACAACCGCAUCAGAAGUGACCCAUCGAAAUCCUUUGUACCCAGGACUAUCAUGAUUGGAGGAAAGGCGGCCCCUGGCUACCACAUGGCCAAGAUGAUCAUCAAACUCAUCACAUCCAUUGGUGAGGUCGUCAACAGUGAUCCCUACGUGGGGGACAGGCUCAAGGUCAUCUUCCUGGAGAACUAUCGGGUAUCCUUGGCUGAGAAAGCGAUCCCGGCAGCUGAUCUCUCCCAGCAGAUCUCCACAGCUGGCACAGAGGCCUCAGGCACUGGCAACAUGAAGUUCAUGCUGAACGGGGCCCUCACCAUCGGCACCAUGGAUGGGGCCAACGUGGAGAUGGCCGAGGAGGCAGGCGAAGAAAACCUCUUCAUCUUUGGCAUGCGGGUGGAGGAUGUGGAGGCCCUGGAUCACUGCGGGUACAAUGCGCAGGAGUACUACAACCGCCUGCCAGAGCUGCGGCAGGCCAUUGACCAGAUCAGCAGCGGCUUCUUCUCCCCUCGAGACCCUGGUUGCUUCAGGGACGUUGUCAACAUGCUCAUGUACCACGACAGGUUUAAGGUGUUUGCUGACUACGAAGCCUACAUUAAAUGCCAAGGCCAAGUGGACCAGCUGUUCAUGGAUCCCCGGGAGUGGACUAAGAAAGUCAUCAGAAAUAUCGCGUGCUCGGGCAAGUUCUCCAGUGACAGGACCAUCACAGAGUACGCCCGCGAGAUCUGGGGCGUGGAGCCAUCUGCCACCCAAAUGCCCCCACCCAACCUGCCCCGGGAGUGAUGGCUUUGCAGAGGGAAGGAUGGAGGGAAGGGCUCCCAGCCUGGGAGGCCUCACUGGUGUUUCACUGCCAUAGACUUGGCUCUGCAGACAUAAGGCCUUUGGGGGGGGUGGGGGGGUGGAAAUAGGACAGCUUUCUCAGGAGGGGCCCUGGCUGUGAGGAAUGGGAGCAGGGCAGUAGGAGAAAGGACCUUGUAUUUAAACCCAUAUAGCCAGCCUGCAUGUGCUGCAUAUCGCUUUUAGUGAGCUGACCACUCCAAGUCUUCCUGCAGCUGUGCUCCAUGCUUGACAAGGGAUCUCCAGCUAAGUCCUCCCCUUGCCCCCUACAUGCAGCCUGGGCUCUUUGACCCUGCCCCGCAAGCAGAUUUAGGCAAGGGGGACUGUGUCUUGUAUCUGCCUCUGAGCACAGGGUGCUAGCCCCAAGGCUUGGGGGGGGAUGGGGGGGAGACAGAGACAGACACAAUGGUGGCUCCCCUUCUCCAUUAACACCUAGUGCAAGUGGGGUUCUCUGAGCAGCCAGCUGCAGUGUGGGAGCCCAUUGCAAAAGCUGCUGUCCAAAGCAGAGGGAGCACAGGCCUGGGAUCAGUGACUUCCUCACUGCAGCGCUCAUUGUAGUAGGAGAUGGUGGGGCUAAACUCAUCCAGGCAGCUGAGAGGAACCCUGACUGCGCUCUGUUCCCUCCCCCUCCAACACACACGCACACACACACACACACACACACCCUCACCCUACUGCUUGCAGUUGUCCAAUACCACCUCAAUGGUGUCAGAAGGGAUGGGAAGGGGGGGAUACGGAGCACUUCCUUUUUAAGCCAAGCAAGGCACAAGCAGCUCUUAUGCUUGCUCUCUGUGGCCACCUAGGCCCACACACCAGUGUGGUGAAUGCAGCAGUCAUGCAAAGCAGUCAAUACUUGAAUGAAACAAGCCAGGCUGCUCCAGAGGGUGUUUUAGCAUUUAGGUGCAUCAGCAUAAUGGAAACUAGCUCAUGCACUGGCACAGCUGCAUGCCAGGAGCCCAAUAAAGUCACGGCCUAGUUGUCACAGGCAUUGUUCCUCUAGCCAGCACAGUCCCUUCAGAAGGAACCUGGCCCAUUUCUUCCUCCCACACCUACUUAAUUUUUUUAAAAAAAUUAAUUAAAAGCCCAGGGGACAAACCACCCUGGGUUUUUUUGUUUAUUUUAGCAUCCAUAGAUGCAUGCAGUGGGUUGGUUGCUUCUGCUAGUCACACACUAUCCCCUUGUGUAGUUGACCCUGUGAGACCGUCAUCCAGGCAGAGCUGGGUGCCUCAGUGCAGUGACUGCAUGUCGUGUCCCUCCAUGGCUGGGUCAUGCCAUUACUUGUGUUGGCCUCGUGCUAGGGCCAGCAUUUAACACCCAUAGUGCUGUGUAGUGCACCAGUACGCCCCUGUGUGACAGCAACUCAUUAAAACAACUACAACAUGCA